UUUUCGUCUUUUUUGGUACCUUCCCUAUCUAAUACGUCUAAUUUUUUUCUCUAGGUUUUGGUACUACCGAUAACUUCCGUCCUCCAUCUUUUUGCAUUGAAGUUUUCGAGAUGCCGCCAAAAAAGGAUUCAAAAUCCUCGGCUAAGCAGCCACAAAAGACCCAAAAGAAGAAGGAAGGAGGCGGCGGUGGCAAGGCCAAGAAGAAGAAGUGGUCCAAGGGUAAAGUGAGGGAUAAGUUGAACAACCAGAUCCUUUUCGAUGAAGCCACUUACGAGAAAUUGUACAAGGAAGUGCCACAAUACAAAUUGAUCACCCCCUCAGUCGUUUCUGAACGUUUGAAGAUUCGUGGUUCAUUGGCCAAGAGGGCUUUGGUUGAACUUAGAGACAAGGGUUUGAUCCGUCAAGUUGUACAACAUCAUUCUCAAGUUAUCUACACAAGGGCCACAAAGGGUGAUGAUGCGUAAGCCCGGAAAAUCUAUACAAAGUUUAAUUUGUAUGUUUUAGGGAUAAUAAACUCGUCAAAACUUAUUUUUUAACUGA